CGAGGCUUAUCAACGCAUCGCGACCCUCACUCUCCUACAAGCAAGAUGCCUAUCAUUAAGCCCGCAGCGGCGUCGCCAGAGGCGCCUCAACAACACAAGCAACCGUCUCGGAAAGGCAAGAAGGCCUGGAGGAAGAAUGUCGACGUCACGGAAAUUCAAGAGGGUUUGGAGGAGGUGCGGGACGAAGUGAUCAAAGGUGGAGUUAUCGCCGAGAAGGAUUCAGCCGAGCUGUUCACUGUCGAUACCGCUGGUGACGCCGGCAUAACGAAGAAGUACUUGAAGGGUUCCAAGCCGCUCAAGGCCGACGAGAUCAUUGCGCAGCGGUCUGCUGUCCCAGCUGUGUCUAUGCGGAAGCGUUCUGGUGAUGCAACUACGGAUGGAAUUAUCUUGGCCAAGCGCUCAAGAACCAGCUAUGUAACACACAAGGAGCUCACGCGGCUACGAAAUAUUGCCGAUGGACGACAGGGAGACGCCCUUGUGGAGGUCACGGAAGCAUCCUACGAUCCAUGGGACCCCCAAAGGGAAGCAGAAGAAGAAAAGCAAGACCCCAGGUUUUCCUUCCUCGAGAAGGCCCCGAAGAGGAAGCCUCCGGUCACGCUAAAACACAAACCCAUCUCUCUAGCUGCCAGCGGGAAGGAGAUCCCAGCAGUCAAGAAGCCAGAGGGAGGAUACAGCUACAACCCAAUGUAUACAGACUACGAAGAGCGUCUCAUGACCGAAGGGGAGAAAGCGCUCGCCGCCGAGAGGAAACGAUUAGCCGAGCUUGAAGAGGAACGGCUUAAGCGUGAAGCGGCCGCAAGAUCAGCCGCUGAAGCCGAGGCUGCAGAGGCACGAGCCGAAUUGUCAGAGUGGGAGGAAGACUCUGUAUGGGAGGGUUUCGAGAGCGGGACUGAGGACGUACGUGUGACUGCCAAGCGACCCGAGCGCAAGACACCGGCGCAGAGGAACCGAAUCAAAAGGAGAAAAGAAGAAGAGCGGAAGGCGAAGAUGGCUGCGAAUAUCAAGAAAAAGAACGAACAAGCCGCGCAGAUCAAGAAGAUUGCAGAGGCCAUUGCUGAGAAGGAAAAGGAACGUGCACUGGCACUUGCCAAGAAGGAUGAUAGUAGCAGCGAGGGUGACGAUCUAGAACUGCGAAGAAGGAAACUAGGCAAGAUUGCCCUGCCGGAGAAGGAUCUGGAGUUGGUCCUCCCAGAUGAGUUGCAGGACUCACUGAGGCUUCUGAAGCCGGAAGGCAACCUGUUGAAGGAGAGGUAUAGGAAUUUACUGGUUCGCGGUAAAGUCGAGAGCAGGCGGCCCAUCAGCUUUGCUAAGAAAGCCAAGAGGAAAGCAACGGAAAAAUGGACACAUAAGGAUUUCAUGCUGUAUUAGAGAGUUUCUGGGGACACGGCAAUAUAUCACACGACGCCAUACAUCACGGUUGCAAAUUGACUGUGAAGUGUGCAUAUAUAUGAUCGAUCCAUUCUUCGUACAGUGCGCCCCGUCCAAUCAUUCCGUAACCCUCAGCUACAUUCUAGCUUGCCGUUUGCAGAAAAAGGGGUGAACUAUUAG